CUUUCUUCCAUCCGUCUUUCAGUUCCCUGUUCUCCAUCCCUUUCUUUUUUCUGUUCACUUUCUUUACUCUAUCCCCCCCCUUUGUAUCUCAUUUACAUUCGAUAUAUAUAUCUCUAUAUUCUCCCUGCGCCGGGUUUCGCCCUGGGACUAUUUCGUUCUCAACCAUGGCCUUUGCCACGAUAAACUCGUCGGGCCCAACCCAUCUCCCCCAACCUCGGAUUGCUGCGAUCCCAGCGAUUGAAGAUGCCUUUGCCGCUGAACCAGCGCUGAAAAAACGAGUCUAUGAUGCGAUCGGAUCUACCCCUCAGCAUGGACCUCUUUUUGAAGAUAUCGCACGAUACACGUCAAGCCUGCUGGCCAGGAAGAACGCGAACGCGAACGUGAACGCCGUACAACCAGUCGAAGUGAUCCACGACAACAACGGCCCUGCGGCGAAAAAACGCAAGAUCCAAAAUGGGGGGGGGGCAACUGCACCGGCAGCCGCGCAAUCAUUCGCUGUCGCUGAUUUGAAGUCCCACAAGGCUCUGCAAUUCUACAUGCAAGAUGUGUCGUUUGCCAUCCCGCAACGCAAAAAGCUGAUGCUGGAGAUCACGGCGGUGAAUAAGUUCUUACGCGCGAGGAAUCAGACUUCCAAGGAGGUGGAGUUUGGCGUUCCCUUGGACAGGAUACAACAUGUUUUGUGUCUCCCCGUCCCCGAGAAGAAUCAGCGCCAGUUCAACUUUUGCAUCAUCCCUCAAUUCGCCGAUGGAAUAAAUCUCCCUCCCGAAGGUGAACAGAUCCCCGAGACAAUUGUGUGGACGGUUUCGGAUGGUCCAGCAAAAGCUGCGUUUUCAGGAAAUGGGCAGCAGAUUGGCACUGGAGAGGGAGAGACAGCGGAGAGCUUGGUCCGACGAAUACUGAACGAUAAUCUAUCACACACUACGGUGGUGCGCCCGGACGCGCACGAAUUUGUGAGUGCCAUGCCUGAGGCACAUAGGAAGGGAGAGAAGGCAUACCAUGUCAAGGCAUUCCGCGGUAGCAAAGAAGGGUAUCUCUUCUUUUUGUCUACGGGGAUAUUUUUCGGGUUCAAGAAGCCGCUCGUCUUCUUCGCCUUUGAGAAUGUUGAGUCGAUUUCAUAUACCUCCGUGCUGCAACGGACCUUCAACCUGAAUAUUACCGCACGACCGCUUGCCAGCGACGAGACGCAGGAAUUUGAGUUCUCUAUGAUUGACCAGGCGGACUAUUCGGGCAUCGAUACCUACAUCAAGACACACGGCUUACAAGACGCCAGUCUCGCCGAAGCCCGUCGUGCCAAGCGCUACAAUAUCAACGGUGCGAAGACGGAGGAGGGGGCUGCGGAGGCUGCCGAGGGCGAUGCCAACGCAAGCGAACUCCAGAAGGCACAGCGUGAAUUAGAAGACCAGGAAGAUGAAGAAGAAGAGGAGGAGGAGGAUUAUGAUCCGGGCAGUGACGGCGACAGCGACGGAAGCGGCUCGAGCAGUGAAGACGACGACGACGACCAAGGAAACGACGAGAUGGACGAAGACGAAGACAGCGAUGGGCGUGACCUUGUUGUAGAGGAGCUUGGCAGCGAAGCGGAAGAGAUUCCCGAGGAUGAGUUGUGAGUGGAGAUGGCUCUCUGUAUGAUGAUCGAGUGCACUGUACCUCCAUUAUGAUCUAUUUCCUUCCUCAGUUACCCUUGUGGAUAUGUAAACCUUAAACGGAGGCUUCAAUAGAAAUUAAAGACGACCUAGUAAACUAUUAAG